AAAAAAAUAAUACUACUCCAUUACAUACCAAUGUCCUAACACAGUAUUUGCUUAUCUGUCCAACAAAUCGGUGUCUGAAAAUAUCGAAAUUGGCGCCGCUUUUCCCUGCUCUCUCCCUACAACCCCAUUUCUUUUCUUCUGAAAGUUGUCAACCCAGAUUUGAAAUCCCAAAUUCCAAAAGGGAAAAUACAAACCUAAUAAAGGGUUCACCUUUUGUUAAUUUGAUUUUCUUUUCACCAUGUCUAUGCGUAGGAGAACCUUGCUUAAAGUCAUCGUCCUCGGCGAUAGUGGGGUUGGUAAAACGUCAUUAAUGAAUCAAUAUGUUCACAAGAAGUUCAGCCAGCAAUAUAAAGCUACAAUUGGAGCUGAUUUCGUGACAAAGGAGCUUCAAAUUGAUGACAGGCUUGUAACUCUCCAAAUAUGGGAUACAGCUGGCCAAGAGAGAUUUCAGAGUCUUGGAGUUGCAUUCUAUAGAGGUGCAGAUUGCUGUGUUUUGGUCUAUGAUGUCAAUGUUAUGAGAUCCUUUGAUAACCUUGACAAUUGGCAUGAAGAAUUUCUCAAACAGGCUAAUCCACCAGACCCUAAAACAUUUCCUUUCAUAUUACUGGGGAACAAGAUUGACAUAGAUGGUGGAAAUAGCAGAGUGGUUUCUGAGAAGAAAGCAAAGGAAUGGUGUGCUUCAAAAGGGAUACCUUACUUUGAGACAUCAGCAAAAGAGGAUAUAAAUGUUGAUGCUGCAUUCUUGUCUAUUGCAAAAACUGCUUUGGCCAAUGAACACGAGCAAGAUAUAUACUUCCAGGGCAUUCCGGAGGCAGUUUCAGAGAUGGAGCAAAGAGGUGGUUGUGCAUGUUAAGGCGGAUGAAGCAAUUUCAUUGAGUGCUAUAUGUAAUCGCUGUUGUUGCCUAUUUUUCCUGCAACAGUAUCGUUACUCUCAGGCCGUAGCCAUUCUUUUGUACCCAUUACUACAUAUACUCUUCGCUUAAGAUGAAAUACAUCUUUGUCACAUUCAGAUACUGGAGGUAUAGGAACUCAGGAAUGUCUCCUUGUAUUGCAGUUGGCUCUGAGAAAGAUUGUAAUUGUGCAUUUUGCCGUACCCUGUGUGGUUGGAUGUUAUUGUAUACACUGAAAACUGUAUUUUUCUACAUCUACGUAUAACAAUGAGUUGGAUUGGUAACUGUUA